CAAAGCACUCGUCAGCUGUAAGUUGGUCUGCAGGGAGCUACUGAAGUACGCCAUGAGCUCGGAAGCUGAUGAAUCCAAGGAAGUGGCCACAGAUGUCUUCAAUUCCAAAAGUCUGGCCAUUCAGGCCCAGAAGAAGAUCCUUGGAAAAAUGGUGUCCAAAUCAAUAGCAACUACUUUGAUAGAUGACACCAGCAGUGAUGUUUUGGAUGAGCUCUACAGAGUGACAAAGGAAUACACACAAAAUAAAAAGGAAGCGGAGAAGAUCAUUAAAAACCUAAUUAAAAUAGUCCUCAAGUUGGCAAUUCUCUACAGGAAUAACCAAUUUAAUCAGGAGGAAAUAGCUUUGAUGGAGAAAUUCAAGAAGAAAGUUCAUCAGCUGGCUAAGACCGUGGUCAGUUUUCAUCAAGUGGAUUAUACCUUUGACAGGAAUUUUUUGUCCAAACUGUUAAAUGAUUGCAGAGAGCUACUUCAUCAAAUCAUUCAGCGUCACCUAACUGCAAAAUCACAUGGACGCGUCAACAAUGUGUUUGAUCAUUUCUCUGAUUGUGAGUUUUUGGCUGCCUUGUAUAAUCCCUUUGGACCUUAUAAACUCCAUUUGCAGAAACUUUGCGAUGGUGUCAACAAAAUGCUGGACGAGGGGAACAUAUAAUUACUUGGAUUAAAGUUGACUGCCCAUGUAAUAUUUGUAGAUGUAAUAUUGCUGAUUUAUGAAGGAAUAAGGGAGCAAGCAAAUUUUUUUUUUUUUUAGGAUGAAUAUUUCAAAAAGAUCUUUAUAAAAUCAGUUCUUCUUCAUCAGCUAUAUAUUGCUAUUCACAAUCCACCUGGAAGAAAGACUACAUGUGGAACUGUUAUCCUGUGCCUUGCCUAUGGAAACAGCUGAACAAAGACAGUAAAAUAGGACUGUCCAAGCACAGCACAGUACUUGCAAGAUAGCUAGCUACACAAAACAAAAUGAGGUGUUGCCAGACAAUCCAUAUCUUCAUUCUUUCAGUUACAGAAAUGCUUCUAAGCAAUCAGUUUGAUAUUGUUGGUAACAGAUUAUCAUGGUGAUGGUAGACUUAUAAUUUCUUUGACUUACUUGUAAAAUGUGUAUAUGAAUCAUUUAUAGCCUUUUAUGCUCUGUGCACAGAUCACAGCUUUCCGUGCUGCCCGUAUGGCCAUUCUGUUUUUGAAUGCUCAAAUCAGUGAUGCUCUCCCAUAAAGUCUGAGCUGGUUUGUUCAUCUACAGGCCAGUUAUGAAAACUAUAUGACUGCGUACAAAGUCAUCCCUACAGAUUUACACAAAUAUCUGUUUCCUUUGAUUGUUUCAGGAAUUAAAAUCUACAAUUAAACAGCCUGACUGGGAAAAUGUAUUUCCUAGAAAGCAUCUGUGAUACAUCAUUUUAAACUUUGCAUAUAAAAUUGAAAGGUAAAAGACAUGUCUAUGCAAUUUACUAUGAUAUUUUUCUAAUAAGUCUUUAUUGAUUUGAACAGGGGUGAGUCAGUGUAUUUCAUACAUCAGGCUGAUGUGUGUGAUGAUGUGAAUUCAGAAAGCUUAAGCAUUUGAAAAUAAAUUCCAAGCCAGUUUGUAUUGUGUAUAAUGAAUCUAAAACAAAGAAAUUAAUUUUGCUAUUUGGGUUAAAUUAGGGUUACAUGCUGUUUAGCUAAUGGAAAAAUGUCAUCUUGAAUCACUUUUUUUUCCCUUCCCCCAUACCUCUGGCCCUUUUUUUUUUCCCUCUUUUUGCUGCCUUGCCUUCAAGGAAAACAAUGUGACUUUCUGGACACUGUAAUGUGCUUAAAAGUGUGAAGUUUAUACAUUUCAAACAUCUGAAGACCUUUUGUUAUAAAACAUAUAAGGAUUUAGCAG